ACAAAAAUUAUAAAUACGAAGUCGGUCUUUGUACAAUAAAUUUUAAUAAAAAUUGUUUCUUAGAUUGUAUUUCAGAAUAAUGUAAUUCUUAUUCGAAAUAACACACGUGUAUAACAGCAAGUGGCUAUAAAUGACUCUUAAUUGCUUACCUAGAUUUAUUGCUAUUGUAUAUACACUUUAUCACCGUAGUGUUGUGUUUUGAUAAGGACACGUCAACCCAUUAAAAUUUUAGAAAUAUGGAAAUUUUAAGACUGUUACUUUUAUUAUUUUGCAUAAUAACAGCAAGUGCGGAACUUGUGGGUCCUGAGGCCAGUAAAAAAGUGAAAAAUGACGAAGAAACUACAGAACCACCGGACACUGACGAGCCUGAGGACUAUAGUGAAAUAACUUCAGCUAUGAGAAAAGAGAUCAAAAUGCUUCAAGAAUACGCUGAUGCUAUGAGAAAAUCCAAAGAACUACUGAAAGAUGAAGGUCCGAAAGUAAUUUCAGAACCAAAUGAAAAGGAUAGUAUGUUGCAAAUCGAUGACUAUACAUUUAAGCUGAUUAAGAACAGUCUUCUGCGACAGUCUGAACCAAGCUGGGUCGAAGCAGCCAAAGGAAUGGUUGACUCCCUAGACACUGAAGUUGGGAAGCCAGAAGAAAAUCCUCAGGAUUAUCUUGAUAGCCUACCCCCACUACCAAAAGAGGAAGAAGUUGAACUUUCACCUGAAAUGCUAGAAGUUAAGGAGCUUUUCGACGCAGCAGUGAAAAAGAUAGAUAAGAGAUCACCAGAUUUACGCGGGGCCAUCUUGCAAGUGAAACAAGCAGCUGACAGAGGAUAUGCACCUGCCAAAAUAAAGUUGGCCUGGUCAUACAUUUUUGGUGAAGGCAUGGAACUUGAUGUUGAGAAGGCGAAGAAUAUAUUCUUAGAACUUGCUGAAGAGGGCAAUGCUGAUGCACAUGCUGGCCUUGGGUUUCUACAUGCAACCGGUGUGGGAGUGCCAGUGUCUCAAGCGAAAGCCUUAGUCCACUACACUAUAGGCGCUAUAGGUGAAAGUGAUUAUGCGCAGAUGGCCCUUGCAUACAGAUAUUGGGUAGGUGUAACAGUACCAAGCUCUUGUCCAAAAGCUAUGGAGCUAUAUAUGAAAGUUGCAAGUAAAGUGGCAAGCCAAGUGACGUUUAGCGGUGGUCCCGCGAUUCAAAGAACCCGUUUGAUUGAUGAAGCUGAGGGAACUGGACCAACUGCAGCGCUUGAUACAGAUCUUAUUGAAUACUACCAGUUGUUGGCUGAGAAAGGAGAUGUUCAGGCCCAGGUCGGUCUAGGUCAAUUGCAUUUCCAAGGCGGUCGCGGUGUUACCCUGGACAUACAAAAAGCCUUACAUUAUUUCAAACAAGCCGCUAAAACUGGGAACGCUAUGGCCAAUGCGUAUCUUGGGAAGAUCUAUUUAGAGGGAGGCGACGGAAUUAAGCCAAACAACGAAACAGCGCUUCAUUAUUUCAGAAAAGCCGCUGAAUUGAACAACCCAAUUGGACAGAGUGGUCUGGGAUUGAUGUAUUUACAGGGCCGAGGCGUUCCAAAAGACGCCAAUAUAGCGUACAAAUACUUCACGAUGUCCGCGAAUCAGGGGUGGAUGGAAGGACAGUUGCACCUUGGUUUCCUUUAUUUAAGUGGAACAGGUGUUCGACGUGACUUUAAACAGGCGAACAAGUACUUCUCUCUUGCGUCGCAGUCGGGUCAUGUCCUGGCCUUGUACCAUUUGGCACAAUCCCACGCGCAAGGGUUGGGUGUGAUGCGUUCCUGUACAGUUGCUACUGAGUUAUUUAAAAACGUAUGCGAACGCGGCCCAUGGUCGUCUCGUCUAAUGUUAGGACACGCGGCUUGGCGAGCGAGGGACACGGAUUCAGCGUUGUUGCAGUACUUGGCACUUGCUGAACGCGGUUUUGAGAUCGCCCAGAGCAAUGCUGCCUAUUUGUUGGAUGAUGGUGAAGUCCGACUCUUCCCAGAAGAAGAGAGAUGGCGUCGGGCUUUACAGCUUUGGUCUCGUGGAGCAUCCCAAGGCUGUGCAUCCGCACGAGUCAAGCUGGGUGAUUACCACUAUUAUGGGCUGGGAACCAACGUGGACUUGGAGGCAGCUGCUUAUCAUUACAGGAUAGCAUCGGAACAGCUCCACAACCCUCAAGCUACCUUCAAUUUAGGCUACAUGCACGAGCGAGGCUUAGGCUUAGCUCGUGACAUCCACCUGGCAAAGAGGUGCUACGACCUGGCAGCUGAUGCGGCGCCAGAAGCAAGACUGCCGGCUGCUUUAGCACUGGCUCGGCUUACAGCAGUUACGACACUGUCCUCAUUGAUGGAUUCCAUAUUGCAGAGCCCGCUAGCGAUGAUAUUCCUCUCUGGUGAAUCUACUCUUCUCUCGAAUUGGGAUGUGUAUCUCAUUGCAAUAUUAGCGGCUGCCCUUGGCUUAGUGCUUUACCUGAGGAGACCGCAACCGACGAACUGAUUACGACCCUUUGAUUAUUGAAACGUAAAUUCUCGUCACUAAGUGACUGAUUCAAUUAUAUUUGUUUUCUUUUUAAAAAAGAUUAAUUGUUAUAAAGUAGCAAAAUUUAAACUUUUACAGGUUUUUUAACUGCUAAAUGAUUUCGGAUGUGUUAGUAUGCUUUCUUUUAGAAAUCCCUUUUUAAAACUAAAUUAGCCUUAUGCUGUUUAAAAAACCUUCUUCGUCACAGCAUUAGCAAGAGAGACAGAAAGAGAUCAAUGUAAUAAGACUGAAUUUAGUUUUUUAAAUGGUACUGAAAUAAUCAUUUAAAUAUAUAUCACAAUUCAGUAAAAUAUCUCCUUUAACAUAUCCAUAGACAUAACAGAAACAUCAGUUGAUUGAUUACACAUUCUUAAAGGUCAAAAUUAAUGUCAUUUGACAGUCCUAGGAAGUGAUUGUGAACUGAGAUUCGUCUUGAAAUACGACGACCUGAUCUAAGACGGGUACCCGCACUAAAAUGGAGGGUAGUUUCAAAUGUGUAAAACUAGUUGUGUAAUAAAACUGUUAAAUAUAAGAAAGUGCUGUGAAAUCAUAUUAAUUCAUUUAACCUUUCUGCCUUUAUAAUAACAUUGUUGUAUUUUCAUUUUUUGUUGAGUAACUAACAAUUAAUAACUAAACAUUCAUCAAAACUCAGUGUUAUUACUUUGAACUAAAGUACCGUUGUCUCUUUCCGUCAAAUUGUAUUUUCGCUGUAUUGAAAAGAGACAGAAUAAUGCUUUUGUUAAGGUCUAAUUCGACUUUUCAAAUGUAAUAUUGUUUCUAAUAUAUCAGCAAAAUAUUUGUUUUUGACGUGUAUCUAUAAUUGUUUAGUGAAAUAUAGGACAUAAAUGUGUCAUUAAAGUUUGUCAGUGUCGAUGACAGCGGUGUUUUGUGUGAACUGUAUAAAUGAUUGUAAAUAAAAUUAUUUAUUAAGA